GUAAAGGAAAGAAGUUUAAUUGGCUCAUGGAAGGCAGGCUGUACAGAAAGCAUGAUGCUGGCAUCUGCUCAGCUUCUGGGGAGGCCUCAGGAAACUUAUAAUCAUGGCUGAAGACAAACUGCAUCACAUGGCCGGGGCAGGAGCAAAAGAGAGAGGGAGGAGGUGCCACAUAUUUUUCAAUGACCAGAUUUCUUGAGAACUCACUCAUUACCACGGGGACAAUACCAAGUGGAUGGCACUAAACCAUUCAUAAGAAAUCCACCCCCAUGAUACAGUCACCUCCCACCAGUCCCCACCUCCAACAUUGGGGAUUACAAUUCAGCAUGAGAUUUGGAUGGGGACACAGAUCCAAGUCAUAUGGAUAACCAAUCUCUCAUUGUUGCUGCUGCCUCCUCCUCUGCUCUGCGCCUUCUUCAUACCCCUGCCUAGUCCCUCCAUGUUAACAUAGCAAGGCCAGGUGGCCCCCAGAAGACAUCCCACACCAGGCUGCUUUGGUGCUCUCUAGCCAGACUCCAACAAGAUAGCUUUGCGUGCCUUCUCUUCACUGCUGUAUUGUCUCGACAACACACACCUUCUACAAAGUACAUUUAAAAAUAUAUCGUCUUUUUGCUCCUUGUAAAACCUCUGUGAGGUAAUUAAGGCAUUACUAUCCAUAAUUUUUCUUUCAACAGCUCAUCAGUGAUCUAGUUCAGGAGAAAUGGAGUGACUGGCCCCAGGUCACAGCUUAUAGAAAGCAGGACCUGAGUGCAUGGGUCUCUCCACUCCAGCAAUAUGUGAUGCCUAUGCCAAAAUUACAGUAACUUUUUUUCUCCAGUAGAAAUGUUUCAAGCUUAAUCAGUGUGUGGUCAACUAAUUUCCAGCCUUUCCUUUUCCUGCUAUGCUAUAUAUAUGCCAAACAGUGAUAUGAUAGAAAAACGAAUAGCUGCAGAAUUGAGACACUUAAAAACUUCCAUCACAGCUCUAAUAUAUGAGACUUCAGGCAAGUUACUAGCUUUCCUCAACUAUAAAAAGGAAAUUAGGCAGGACUUGGUGGCUCACGCCUGUAAUCCCAGCACUUUUGGAGGCCAAGGCGGGCGGAUCACUUGAGGUCAGGAGUUCAAGAACAUCCUGGCCAACAGGGUGAAACCCCGUCUCUACUAAAAAUACAAAAAUUACCCGGGCGCGGUGGCGUGCGCCUGUAAUCCCAGCUACUUGGGAGGCUGAGGCAGGAGGAUCCCUUGAACCCGGGAGGUGGAGGCUGCAGUGAGCCGAGAUCGCAGCACUGCACUGCACUCCAGCCCGGGCAACAAGAGCGAAACUCCGCCUCCAAAAAAAAAAAAAAAAGAAAGAAAGAAAGAAAAGAAAAAAAAGAAAGAAAUGGGGAAUUAGAUCAGCGACUCUUUGCCCGGGGGUGGGUGACAGAACAACACCUCUUCCUCCCCUAACAAAAAUUACCUAGGGAGCUGUGAGGGCUUUCCCCACUGGUAGAAAUGCCAGCAGAAAUUCAGCUACAAAUACUCAAUUCAAUAAUCCUUAACAUCACUUCCAAUCCACAGUUAUGAUUCCAACGCAAUCUUUUCUAUUCAGUAUUUGUCAGCUGUUUUUAUUCUUCAGUUUAUCAUCUUAUAUUUGGCUCUCAAUUUCACCCAAAAAUUACUGAUGGCUUAUUAUAAGCCAAGUACCCUGCGCUCCGCUUUUUGUGGUAUCCCUCUUCGGAGCGAGAAGUCACUUAGAAUUUUACCCCUAUCUUCCCCACUUGGGAAUCGGAAGGGUUCAUAGCUAAGUCUUGUUAUUUACAAGCAGGCCGGCUCUUCUCCAUCCCUCUCUCCACCAACCCCAUUUCAAGGUUGGUCCCUCCCAGCGGACGACAGUGAUGAAUUCCUCUUGGGGACAGCCCUCCCGCAACUAACAGUGGCUCCAUCAACGCUCUGGUCUCCUUGCUGCUCGGUGGGAAUUCGGGUGGGGCGUUUUCCAAAGUUUGAGUGGAUUCCACGGCACGUUCCUCCCUCGGAAAGGCACAACCGGCUCGGCGUGUCAGCUCAGCUGGACCCACGCCGGUGCGGGGCCGCAGCUCCGGUUCUCGCUGGGCGGUUGCAGAAGGCUAGGCGAUUCUCCCAGCGUCGCGAGGCGACCCGAGCAGGAGAAAACUUCUCCACUUCCCCUCUUCGGGACGCGGCACCUCUUCUGCCCUUGUGCACUCCGCAGGAACUUCCCCCGGCCUCGGCUCUCGCUCCGAAAUAACCAAGCCGGCUCCUCGCACGCUCCCGCCGUCCUCCUCCGGCUGCGGCCGCGCGCCCGCCGCCACCGCCACCACCGCGCGUGUCCUCACGGGGCCUCGGUUCCGUCCGCCUCCGCAACCGCCUGCGUGCCCUUCAACAGCUCCCUCCGCCCGGCCGUCGCGGAGAGGAGCAGGGAGCGCGCGCCGGCGCCAGAGACGUGCGCGAGACGCACGGCCCCGCGCCGAGCGCCGGAAGCAGCCGGGUCUGGGCCUCGCGCGUCGCGCGCGCCUCCUCCCCCUCCGCCAGCCGCCGCGGCCUCGCGCGCGCGCACUGAGGCGCCGCCGCCGCCGCCGCCGCCGCGGCUGCUGCAGGAGGCGGCGCUGGCUGGCGGCUGCGCUCGCUCCAGUCGGCGAGCGGAGCAGCGAGCGAGCGUGUGUGUGUUUUUUAAAGAUGGCCGGAGCGGCGGCGGCGGUGGCCGCGGGAGCAGCAGCUGGAGCCGCCGCGGCAGCCGUGUCGGUGGCGGCUCCCGGCCGGGCCUCGGCGCCUCCGCCGCCCCCGCCCGUGUACUGUGUGUGCCGGCAGCCGUACGACGUGAACCGCUUCAUGAUCGAGUGCGAUAUCUGCAAGGACUGGUUCCACGGCAGCUGUGUUGGAGUAGAAGAACAUCAUGCUAUUGACAUUGACCUGUAUCACUGUCCCAACUGUGCAGUUUUACACGGUUCCUCCUUGAUGAAAAAGAGGAGGAACUGGCACAGGCAUGACUACACAGAAAUUGAUGAUGGUUCCAAACCAGUGCAAGCUGGAACUAGAACUUUCAUUAAGGAAUUACGCUCUCGAGUCUUCCCAAGUGCCGAUGAAAUAAUUAUAAAGAUGCAUGGCAGCCAGCUGACACAAAGAUAUCUGGAGAAACAUGGAUUUGAUGUCCCUAUUAUGGUCCCUAAAUUAGAUGAUCUAGGACUCAGGCUCCCUCCACCUACAUUUUCUGUGAUGGAUGUGGAACGUUAUGUAGGUGGUGACAAAGUGAUAGAUGUCAUUGAUGUGGCGAGGCAGGCAGACAGCAAAAUGACACUUCACAAUUAUGUUAAAUACUUCAUGAAUCCUAACAGACCAAAAGUGUUAAAUGUGAUCAGCCUUGAAUUUUCAGAUACAAAGAUGUCUGAAUUGGUGGAGGUCCCUGAUAUAGCCAAAAAACUUUCCUGGGUGGAAAAUUAUUGGCCAGAUGAUUCAGUCUUUCCCAAGCCAUUUGUUCAGAAAUAUUGCUUAAUGGGAGUUCAAGACAGCUAUACAGAUUUCCACAUUGACUUCGGUGGAACUUCAGUCUGGUACCAUGUCCUCUGGGGUGAGAAGAUUUUUUAUUUAAUAAAGCCAACAGAUGAAAAUUUGGCACGUUAUGAAUCUUGGAGUUCAUCUGUGACCCAGAGUGAGGUGUUCUUUGGAGAUGAGGUGGAUAAAUGCUACAAAUGUGUGGUAAAGCAGGGACAUACCUUAUUUGUUCCUACAGGGUGGAUACAUGCUGUGCUCACUUCUCAGGACUGUAUGGCUUUUGGGGGGAACUUCCUGCACAACCUUAACAUUGGCAUGCAGCUCAGGUGUUAUGAGAUGGAGAAAAGGCUAAAAACACCAGAUCUUUUCAAAUUCCCUUUCUUUGAAGCCAUAUGUUGGUUUGUAGCCAAAAACUUGCUGGAAACCCUGAAAGAACUGAGAGAAGAUGGUUUUCAGCCUCAAACUUACCUAGUACAGGGAGUGAAAGCACUGCAUACUGCUUUAAAAUUAUGGAUGAAAAAAGAACUUGUAUCUGAACAUGCCUUUGAAAUUCCAGACAAUGUUAGACCUGGACACCUUAUUAAAGAACUUUCUAAAGUAAUUCGAGCAAUAGAGGAGGAAAACGGCAAACCAGUUAAAUCUCAGGGAAUUCCUAUUGUGUGUCCAGUUUCACGAUCCUCAAAUGAAGCAACUUCCCCAUACCAUUCCCGAAGAAAGAUGAGGAAACUUCGAGAUCAUAAUGUCCGAACUCCUUCUAACCUAGACAUCCUAGAGCUCCACACAAGGGAAGUCCUCAAAAGAUUAGAGAUGUGUCCAUGGGAAGAGGACAUCUUGAGCUCUAAACUGAAUGGAAAAUUCAACAAACAUCUCCAACCAUCCUCCACGGUACCUGAAUGGAGAGCAAAAGAUAAUGAUCUACGAUUACUGCUGACAAAUGGAAGAAUAAUUAAAGAUGAAAGACAGCCCUUUGCAGAUCAAAGUCUUUAUACAGCAGAUAGUGAAAAUGAAGAGGAUAAAAGAAGGACAAAAAAGGCAAAAAUGAAGAUAGAAGAGAGUUCAGGAAUAGAGGGAGUGGAACAUGAAGAAUCUCAAAAACCACUGAACAGGUUUUUUACACGUGUGAAAUCAGAACUCAGGAGUAGAUCAUCAGGAUAUUCUGAUAUUUCUGAGUCAGAAGACUCCGGACCCGAGUGCACUGCACUGAAAAAUAUCUUUACCACUGAAGAGUCUGAAAGUUCAGGUGAUGAAAAGAAACAAGAAAUAACAUCCAACUUUAAGGAGGAAUCUAAUGUGAUGAGGAACUUCCUUCAAAAGAGCCAGAAGCCAUCUAGAAGUGAAAUUCCAAUUAAAAGGGAAUGUCCUACCUCGACGAGCACAGAGGAAGAAGCUAUUCAGGGCAUGCUGUCUAUGGCAGGGUUGCACUAUUCCACAUGUUUACAAAGGCAAAUACAAAGCACAGACUGCAGUGGUGAAAGAAACUCUCUCCAGGAUCCCAGCAGCUGCCAUAGCAGUAACCAUGAGGUUAGGCAGUUGUAUCGUUAUGAUAAACCAGUGGAAUGUGGAUACCAUGUCAAGACUGAAGAUCCAGACUUGAGGACUUCCUCCUGGAUUAAACAGUUUGAUACUUCCAGAUUUAAUCCUCAGGAUCUAAGUAGAAGCCAGAAAUGCAUCAAAAAGGAAGGUUCAUCAGAAAUUAGUCAGAGGGUACCAAGUAGGAAUUAUGUGGACAGCAGCGGCUCAAGCCUUCAGAAUGGAAAGUAUAUGCAGAAUUCAAACCUGACUUCGGGGGCAUGCCAGAUAAGUAAUGGUCUAAGCCCAGAAAGGCCAGUUGGUGAAACUUCCUUCUCGGUGCCCCUUCACCCCACCAAGAGACCGGCAUCAAAUCCACCACCUAUCAGCAACCAGGCAACAAAAGGUAAACGUCCAAAAAAAGGAAUGGCAACAGCCAAACAACGUCUUGGGAAGAUCCUUAAGUUGAACAGAAAUGGCCAUGCACGUUUCUUUGUGUGACAGAGCUGCUGUUGCAGCCAUUCUUCCCUUUGGAGACCAGUCUAGGGGUGCAGGAGCCUGGAGCUUCUGCUGUCCCCCUGCCUGGAGAAGUUUGUGUGUAUAGUAAGAACACUGCCCGAAGAACAGAAUGAACCUGAUGCUGCAUUUUCACUGUGCCACACCCACUCAGCAAUAACCAUUUUGGACCUGGUGGGGGAGAGGAAGAAGGAGGGUAGAACCUUAAAAAGAGACCUUGAACUGGAAAGGGUCUCUUGUCAGGGCUUGAAUUUUAUUUUGUUGUUGGUAGUGUCUUGAUGUAUUUUCAGUGGUAGGGUAAAGAAUUAUCAAUAAUUUAUUUAACAGAUUUUUUUUUAAAGUUAACAGCUUUUAAAUUCUUUUUUUAAAGCUAUUUAUUUGGAAGAUUUCUGGAGAAAUAUCUCACUAAUUUAGAUGUAAGAAUGUGAAGGUUUUUAAAUUAUUUUUGAUAGUGUGUGUGUUACAUGUGGGGAAGGGCCACAGUAACAGUAACUAGUCUGGACUCUUAAAUUUGAUAUUCAGGUUAAAGUCUUAAACAGGGAUUUGAUGCAUUAAUUAUUUUAAAUUAAGAUGUAUAUGAAAAUCAUUUUAUUUUAUAUAUUUCAUGUGUUUUUUAUAAGCUAUUAGCUUCGCUUUUGCUAACAUCCAAGGUGCAUACUGUUAUCCAGGUUGAUUACCUUAUAUCCCACCUUCCCUCUGCACUCCCCAGCAUUUUGUGAUGACCCAGUAAGACUCUUCUCUUUGCAGGGAAACACUUUCGUAGCCAGUGUGUAAGAACUCCAUAAAAGAUCCCUCAUUUCUCAUUUCGUUUGACAUUGUGAUUUUCUUCUCAAUAUUAAAAAAAAUAGGCUUUUGCAUUUUCAUUUCUGCUGAUGAUAUCUGGGUCCCAAAGAGAACAGCUUUAAUAUAUUUUUCCUACUUGUGGGAAAAGUAUUAUAAGUUUGGUUACAUUGUCAUGUUUAUAGUUUUUCCAAAUACAUUUGUAACUACAGCAGGCCUUCUUCGUACUGCUGGUGUUGGACAACAGGACUGACACCUGCUGCGGAGGUUAUACCUUAUGAUGCUUUUAUUCUCCAUACCUGAUUUGUUGGAAAAUGUUAUUUGACUUAGGAUAUUCAAAUCUGCGUAAUAAGCCGUAAUAUAAUAGGAUUAAUACUACAUUAAGUUGUAUAGAAGCAAGCAUGUUGGAAUAGAUCUUUUGUGUGUAUUUACUUUUUUUAUUUCUUAAUUUUCUAAAGAAUUACUUAAGAUAUGGAUUUGGAGUAAAAUGGGUGCUUUUGGCAGUUUCUUCCAUCUAUCCUAACCUGACCAGUGCAUAUUGAGGUUAAGUAUCUGGUUAAACUUUAAGGUAUUCAUUUAUCUCCUUUAUGUAUGAUUUUUACUAAAUGCCAGUUUUCAGUUGCUUAUAGUAGCUUCUAUUUUCCCUUUUUUCCAUCCAUGGCAUAAAAAUAAGUGAUUUCUGGGGGUGGGGCAGAAAUGUUCCCAAGUCUGACAAUAGAGCAUUUUACAAAUUCCUACAAAGAAAAUAUAGGCAAAUAGAUAAAAUUUAUUUUUAUGGAGAAGAAAUAUGGCCAUAUUAUGGAUUUGUCUUUUUUUUACUCAGCAAGGUAUCAGGACUUACCCUUCUCUAUUAAGUAUCACUUGAAUUGCUAAAAAGAAAAAAGUCUGUACCACCAUCUUUCAUGGUUGCAUUCAAAUGUGUAUUUUCAAAGAGAAAUACUUCCUAGUGUCCCCAUUCCAAAAUGUCAUGGAGUAAAUAUGAAAUAGUUUAUGAAGUAGCCUUUCUGGUUCAGAGUGACUGGACCAAAGUCUGAAUCUUAUCUGGGCAUCAGGAAAAAGAAUUUUUAUGGAAAUCCUCAGUGUCUAUAAACAACCCGUGUAAACCCUGUCUACACUAUGCCAAAACCAGUGGAAAGAUGGGUAGAGUCAUCUUAUCUCAGGAUGCCAAAAAUCUGGGUUUGACCGAUUCCCCUACCUUCCCACACAGUAUAUUCUUGUGAUUGUUGCUUUUCUGUAGAUCCUGAGUUGGUGUUACAAUAGUCAUGUUUUUAUUUUGGGUUAAGAAAUAAGAGGUGUAAGAGCUAUAAUUUCCUUUUCCUGUUAUAUCAUGAUCUGGGUUUUCUUUUUUCCUUUACGUUUUUCACAGCUCUUGAGUAUGUUCUAUUUUUUUCUUUAGCCACAAAAAUUAAAAUUAAACUUUAUUUUUAUGAAUUAAAAUGAAAUUUAAUUUAUUUUUAUGAAUUAAAAUUGUGGCCAGUAUCCACUGUGUCCUUAGGCUGAGAAGUACUAAUUUGGAGUAGCCCGUGUGUGGAAUUCUAAAGUGAAGGUACUGUGGAUUCAUUUUUAGUAGUUUUAGCCCCUUAAUAAGUGGCUAAGUUAGAAAACUUUCAGUGAGGUAAUAGAACCACUCGAAUAGAAUCCAUGUGUUUUUCUGAAUUGGUGAAAAUUCAGCCACUGAUCCAGUGACUCCUGGUCAAACCUCUUAUAACAUUACUGGCCGUAAUGCAUCCCUUUAUCUCAUGGAAAUGGCUGAACUUUGUGGUAGCUGCUGCCAGUACCUGGGCUUAACAGUAAUAGAGAACCUCAUUUAUACCAUACAGACAUAGCAACUUAGGAAGACAGCACUGAUAGCAUUUAGCUAGUUGUAAGCAAAUACAAAUAUGUAAAAUUGAGAAUUAUGAUUUAACAUAAGCAACUUUAAUAAUAGUAAUAGAUGAUAAUUUUCCUGUAUUGUUUCAAAUAAGUGACUGUUCAGCUGGGAUCCAUUGGAUUAUAAUUCACAAUAUCACAUAAUAUUAUGCUUUUCAAUAUUGAUGAGUGAUGUAAACAAUAUAAAGUUGGCAGUUUGUAGUAGUUCAGUAUCCUAGAAAUACAUUGAACUUCAUAAGUAUCAGUUCAUUUUUAAGCAUACAGAAUUGAAGAUUCUGACUGAAAUCAUAAACUCAGAGGAAACAAGCCCAUCUUUAUCACUAAUUACUUAGCUUGAAUACUUCUCUAUUUUUAAAUAAUCCUAAUUAUUGCCUUUUCAAUAUAGUCUACUGUAUUUAUUUAUAUGGGAUCAACAGGUAUUUAUCAAACAUCUACUGUGUGCCCAGCACUACCUAGUACUGUUAGGGAACAUCAAUUUGCAGUUGUGGUCUCUGCCGUUGAAGGUAUCUUCUCCAGGAAAUUAGCAGUAUUAUUUUCACUUCUAAGCAAACAUGAGCAAAAGAGGACCUAUUCAUUAAAAAACAUCCUGACUUUUUUAGUUUCAACUGAGAUAUGCCACUGUAGAAGUGAAAGUAAUUUCACAAUUUAAGAAAUGCUUCAACUUGGUAAUUAAUAUGGUCAUACAGGGACUUGGUGUAGCAUGCAAGGAAGCAGAAGACCUGGGCUUUUGUUGAAGUUCUGCCAUUUAGGUAUCAGCUGUGUAACCUUGAAUAAGUCACUUAACUCUUUCUGACUCUUAGUUUUCUCAUUUGUAAAUUUGGAUUAAAAUGUUUAUUAUGAUAAUCAAGAAAAUCUCUUAAUACUUCAUACAUACAGAGAACUUAUCAUUAAGUUAAAACUGGCAAUUACUGCACCUUUAUAUAUAUUUUUAAAUGAAAAGUAAUACUAUUCAUGAUGUUUAUUUUAUAUCAAAUAUAUGCCCAGGGCAUGCUACUUUAAAAAUCCGAGGAAUCCCCAACAAGGUGCUGGAUUAAAAUCAGAUUUCGUGCUUGAAGUGGAAGAAAAAUGAAGUUGUUUAUGGAUAAGAGGGUGAGAAUGUGUAUCCUCAAGUACGUUAAGAUGAUUUAGCUGAAAGAUGGCUUUAGGUUUUUCUUGAAGAAUUAGGAAAGUACCAUCCCCACAGAUUGAGCAUACUCUUCAGGUACUAGAUAAAGGUGAAGGAAGUCAUGGAAUUAAAAUGACUUAGCAACUCCCCAGGGAACUUGUGGGGAGAAUGAGGUGGUUAGAAAGGUGAGAAUGCACAAAGACAGCUCUGGGUUGGGUACCAACAGCUUGCUUGGUAGAAAGAAACCAGUGUAGGAAAGGAGACGCCACCAGACGUCUUCAACAGACAAGAUUCUUUCUGCCUUUUUCGAAAGAUGCUCUCUGCAGCAGUAAGACUAUAGAGUUGAUUGGAAUAAUCAUGCGACCCAGUAUGCUACUGCUAGGUGUAAUUAUCAAAAAUUCAUUUUUCUCAUUAAAUACUAAGUUAAUUGGUCGCCACAUAAAGAGAAGCUAGAGCUCACCAGUCUUCUCCUGGUGUCCUAGACCUUCCUCUAAAGCAGUCUUGGGAAGCUUGAGCAUCAGAUCUUUAGCCUAGACAGAGUGUUGCUGGUAAAUAAACGAGACACAGGUAACCCAGAGUGGGCAGUGAUUUGCGUGGGGAGACACAGUGGAUCUGGGGCCUCUGAUAGUUUGCUUCCUGAAACAGCCCCCAGUUUUCGGCUUGCCCUAUGAGAUGAUGUUCAUGUGCUUCCUUGAAACCAGGUGGAAAGAAAGGGGAAGAAUUAAUUUUCUCAUUCUGUUGCUGUUGAACGUAAUGUAAUCUUAAUACUGUAGCCUUCCUAGAAGCCCUUCCCUCUUUUUCAUGCUGUAAAGUCAAAUAUUUGAUAUCCUUAACAUAAAUUUUCAAAAUUAAUGUCAUUAGGAAGCAAAUGUCUAUUUCCAAAGCAAUGAGCUUGUUGUGACUGUGAUUUUAUUCUUCUAUAGUAUUUUUUCCUCAUUUUAAUUGAGAUGAGAAAAUAAUACUCUUUUGCAAUAUCCUUAGAUUCUCCCCCUCACCCUGGUGCCCCUUCUAGUGUCUUAAGACUUUGUCUUAACAAGUAUAACAUUACAUUUUGUUGUUAAAACCUUUUCGAAACUGUAUUCAGUGAUUCUUCCAAGUUUAUCUGCUCUGCACUAUUUCACUAAUAAACCCUGGCUACCACGUAGCCCUUGACCUCCAAGUAGUUUACCUAUGCAAGACCUGUGACACUCUGAAUUCACCUCUCUUUCUUUCAGAAAGUAGUCAUAAAUGGAGCUUAAUUAUAAAGGUAAAACUUGUCUCCAACCAGUUUUAUUUUGGCCACUUCCUUUUCAAAAUGUCAGCUGUUUUCCUUCAAGAUUUUUUCACCAAAACAAUGAUCAUAAGUGCUGGAAUAUAUAAUACUUUGCAGGCAUAAAAUAACCCAGACAUACUCUCAUAUUUCUUUGGUGUAUUUUGGUUGGUAAAACUUACCAGCAUUAAAUGUAAAAUAUAAUGAGGAGUUAAUUCCUUAGCUAGAACCAUUUCUUCCUUUUAAGAUUCAUAAGUAACCUUUUAUUUUUACAAAGCUACGUAUAACUUCCACAUUAUAGUCAGGGACCCGAGGUGUAACUUGCUAAGUGAAUCCCAAGGUUAUUUUAUCUUGCAAAAGAAACCUAAACCAAACUAAGGGCCUUACAGUUUAUGGUUAGACUGAAUCAAAAGCUAUAACCUCAAUUUUUCCAAAAACAGCUUCUGACUGCAAAAGCAAGUCAUACAGUUGUUAGGUAUGAAAUAGCACUGAUCAGGAAGUGCAUCUUCGCAGAUGGUAUUUCCUUCAGAAAAGACUUUUCUACUUUUAAUAUAAAUUAAGCCAUAACAGUUUCAUGCUGUGGAAAGAGGGUGAAAAGGUUCAUUUUAAGAGAUUAUAUAAUAUGAACUUUCACAUUUACUGUGAAAUGUCUAACUUUGCCAGUGCUUCAGCAAGUUUUUUUGGGGGGUGAUGGGGAGGGUAGUAUUGGUUUUAGAGGUUUCAAAUCUGUGAACUUUGGAGAGGGGACAGUUGUUGGCUCUGGUAUUUACUAGUUUUGUAGUAACGUUUUGCUAGCCUGACUGACUUUUCUUACUGGUUUUUAUGCCUACGGUCCGAGGGGACUGUUCUUCUUGUUUGGGGUGUCUGUGGAAUAGCGUCUUGUCUUGUUUGUAUAGGCAGUCGAUGUGUGUGACGUGUGUCCUUUCAGUCCGGAAGCCCACUGUGUGACAAUGGCGUGGGGUGUGGCUGGGAGGUGGGGUGCUGAAGCUUGAAGAGCAUUUCUUUGCUGAUUCAUAACAGUAUUUCCCAUCUUUUGCCUGCAGGCAGGGAAAGUGUACAGUAUUUAUUUUGUUUCUGUUUUACUUUAAAUUUGUAAGUCUUUAAGUAGCUUACAUUGAUUAUUAUAGGGGAGGACAAGUGACUUGUUUAAAGUUGUAUUUAGUAUUCUUUCCAAUUUCUGUAUUUUAAAAUAUUGAAAUUAAAAUUGUAUUACUUCUGUUUUGA